AUGACUUUCCCGCACGAGAGUUAUGAAAAAGUAAGUUUGCUACCUCUUCAUCGUUUCAGUGAUGUAUCGAUGAACACCAAACUGCGGAUAAAUUCGCUCAUAGUAUUUAGCAGACAGCAAAUUCGGACACUUUUCUCAUCGAGUCUAUUGCAAAAUAACAAAAAGCCCAACAUAAAUACUGUGGACCAGGAUUUUCUAGCAGAAAUCGAACGGAAGAUCGCAAGGAAUAGGCAAAUCCUCCGUAAACACUCGCUGUCACAUUUUAAAGCGCGCGAGUUAAGUUCCUCUAUCGAUAAUCUCCGUAUCUCUAUGAACAGCGCGCAGCAAAAACAUCGCGAAGCCUUUGACGCGCAAGCAAAUUCAGUUGCCAAUAUCCCAGCUCAUGUAUCAAUCGAGGUUUUGAGUAAUGGCACAUGUCAUAUGCGGCCGUGUGUUGCAUUGCGAACACCAUUGAAGACCUAUAUGUUCAACUGUCCGGAAGGAGCAUCACGAUUUCUACCGCAGUUGCGCAUGAAGGCAUUAAACGUGAACGAUAUCUUUAUUACACGGUCAAUAUGGGAUAACAUUGGUGGUAUAUCGUCGAUUUUGCUGUCAAAAGAGUCCAACUGCCUCUCCACGCGGUUACAUGGUGCCAUGAAUAUAAAACAUUUCCUGGAAUGUAUUCGACCCUUCCAAGACUCGGACUAUGGAUCGGCCAAGUAUCCAUCCCAGGUUGAGGAAAGGCCCUAUUCUUUGGAGAGCUAUGAAGAUGCAGCUCUGCGCGUAACAUAUCUGCCAAUUAGCGCUCCGCUUCAUGAUUCUGAAGGAUUGGCAGAGUUCUUAAAUGUAGCUUAUCUGAUCGAGUUGAAAGCUCCACCAAGAAGGAUUGAUCCGUUCAAGUUGAUUGCACACAAGGUGCCCAAAGGACCUCUCAUCGGAAAACUAAAAAGUGGCGAAAGCGUUGAAUUGCCUGAUGGCCGCAGAAUUCUUCCAGAGGAUGUGUUUUCUGAUGAGAGCCCAAAAGAAGAGUAUCCACGUGCUCUAGUGUUUGAGUGUUCUGGAGAAGCUCAUAUUAAAGCCAUUAGCGAAAACUCCGUUAUUCAGCAAUUCAUCAAUGGAACAAAAGUCAUCGAUCACGUUAUUCACUUAAGUGAACAAAAUGUUAUACAACUCCCCUUGUACUCAAAGUUCGUUUCUUCCUUCGGAGAAAAAAGCCGCCACAUUGUUUUAAACGGGUCCUGCCCUGCUAUUCCUGGAGUUGAGAGCAUUUACAGAAAUCACCGGUUGCUGAAUCAAAUUAGCCCGGACCUGUUCCCGCAGUUACAUCCAUUAGAGUGGACUGGGCUGGUCACUCAAGGAAGUGAACUGGCUGUUUUUGACGGAAUAUACAUGAAAGCAGCUCCAUUGCAGCGGUUUUGGAUGAGAAAGGGAGGGGUUGGAGAAGAACCUAUCAUAGCUGAUUUACGUGAAACAACUGUACCUUUCACGGAUAAAGCGAUACAAUUGAUUGGGGAUCUUCGUAGAGAUACGGAAGAACUUCAAACAUUCACAUCGGAGGCCUGCGAAUAUCCAAAAGUAUCCUUUCUUGGAACAUCUUCGGCUGUUCCAUCUAAGUAUCGCAAUGUCAGCUCUUACUUGCUGGAGACAAGCCCUACUUCGGCUGUACUUAUCGACGUUGGAGAAGGAACUUAUGGACAACUACGAGUUUUGCUUGGAGAGGAAAAGUGCACCAAGCUACUUCGUAAUCUACAUGCAAUUUUCGUGACUCAUGCACAUCAGGAUCAUAUGAACGGCCUCUACACCAUAAUUGAGCGACGAAAGGAAGCUAUGGAUUUCUCCAAAAAACCUUACGUGCCUCUAGUUCUGGUCUCUAAUCGAAAUGUGCUAAAACCUUUCAAAACAUAUUCACUGUGUUUCUGCGAUCUCGAAUCAUUGGUAGAAAUAGUGGACAUUUCAAGACAUCCUUUAACUCCUCCGAUUAGCCCGGGACCUCCAGAGAAACGACGACGCUUGCCAUCCCCUGUGCUGUCCGCAUGCCAAAAUGUUAUCGAACAAAUGCCGCGUCCACUUUUUUCGGAGGAGUCGUGGAAUAUUCAGGAGAUAAAGGCUGUGCAGGUUCAUCACACAAGAAUGGCUAACGGUUUCAUAUUUGGAGUUGGAGGAAAGCGCGUGGUGUUUUCUGGAGACACUAAGCCUUGUGAUUUGCUCGUGGAGGAGGGACAAGGUGCUGAUCUUCUUAUUCACGAAGCAACCUUUGAGGAUGGACAUGAGGCUGAUGCUCUCAAGAAGAAACACUCUACGAUGGGUCAAGCAGUAGAGAUAGGCCGAAAAAUGAAGGCACAUCAUGUAAUUUUGACCCAUUUCAGUGCGAGAUAUCCAAAAGUCCCGGAACUGCCAAAUUAUCUUGAAAAUAGUGGAAAUGUUGGAGUUGCCAUGGAUAACCUUAGUGUUCGCUUCGAUCAUCUCCCACUUGUCCCCAAAUUGAUCCCGAUAUUCAGGGAAGUUUAUCAGGAAGAGUUGUUUGAAAUUGAACUGCGGAAAGAAUCGCGAAAUUUGAAGCAGAAAGAGGAGCGAGAAAACUUGCUGAAGGCUGGAAUAAGAUCUACGGAAAAUACCCGUUCAAACUAG